CAGCGCGUCCAGUUGGACCUGAAGAUACAUCGCCUGCGGCCAGUUGGUCCUGAGCCACUGCUGAAGUCGUGCAACAGCUAUCGAUCGAGCAAGGCCGAAAGACAAGUCACCCAGAGGCCUGGUUACUCCGUGGCUUGGUGGCCUCACUGCCACAUCCCUGCCACCGUGCCCAGGCUUACCUUCGGCCCCAGGUUCCCUUCUGCGGCACAGAGAGACAGCCACUGACAGCAUGUGGCACUUAAAUCUCGCCGACACUGAACAAAUUCUGGACACAGAGUGGGUGUUCAUCCUACUCUUUCAUCCAGGGACUCAGGCCUAGCAACACAUAGAAGGACUCUUUUGACUUGGAACUUCUGCAAGAUGAAGAAAGGAUUUCCCUAGAAUGAUUACACCCACACUCUCAAGUGUCUGGAGCAGGUUAUGUUUGUUUGAGACGUCUCCAGUGAGGAUCGCCUGGUGUCAGUAAGCGUCUGCUGGUGCUGGAGUUUGCUAUCUGCCUUCUUGCCAUGUCUAACGAAGUAGAGGCGAGUGCAACUAACGGUCAGCCUGACCAGCAGGCCGCGCCAAAGGCACCGUCAAAGAAGGAAAAGAAGAAAGGCCCUGAAAAGACAGAUGAGUAUCUCUUGGCCAGAUUCAAAGGUGAUGGUGUGAAAUACAAGGCCAAGCUGAUCGGCAUUGAUGAUGUGCCAGAUGCAAGAGGGGAUAAAAUGAGCCAAGACUCUAUGAUGAAACUGAAGGGAAUGGCGGCGGCUGGCCGGUCUCAGGGACAACACAAACAGAGAAUCUGGGUCAACAUUUCUCUUUCCGGGAUAAAAAUAAUUGAUGAGAAAACUGGGGUAAUAGAGCAUGAACAUCCAGUAAAUAAGAUUUCUUUCAUUGCCCGUGAUGUGACAGACAAUCGGGCAUUCGGUUAUGUGUGUGGAGGAGAGGGCCAACACCAGUUUUUUGCCAUAAAAACGGGACAACAGGCUGAGCCAUUAGUCGUUGAUCUUAAAGACCUUUUCCAAGUUAUCUAUAAUGUAAAGAAAAAAGAAGAAGAAAAGAAAAAGAUGGAAGAAGCCAACAAAGCAGUAGAGAAUGGGAGUGAGCCCCUAAUGAAUCUUGAUGACCAAGCUUGCAAACUGAAACUGGGUGUUGACCAGAUGGAUUUGUUUGGGGACAUGUCUACACCUCCUGACCUAAGUAGUCCAACAGAAAGCAAAGAUAUCCUGUUAGUGGAUCUAAACUCUGAAAUCGACACCAAUCAGAAUUCUUUAAGAGAAAAUCUGUUCUUAACAAAUGGGAUCACCUCCUGCUCUCUUCCUCGACCAAAGCCUCAGGCAUCUUUCUUGCCUGAAAAUGCCUUUUCUGCCAAUCUCAACUUCUUUCCCACCCCUAAUCCUGAUCCUUUCCGUGACGAUCCUUUUGCACAACCAGACCAAUCGACACCUUCUUCGUCUGAUUCUCUCAAAUCUCCAGAUCAGAAGAAAGAGAAUUUGAGUAGCUCGUCUACCUCUCUGAGUAACGGGCCUCUGAAUGGGGAUGUUGAUUACUUUGGUCAGCAAUUUGACCAGAUCUCUAACCGGACUGGCAAACAGGAAGCUCAGGCAGGCCCGUGGCCCUUAUCAAGUAUGCAGACACAGCCAGCAGUGAGAACUCACAAUGGGGUAUCUGAAAGAGAACAGAACGGCUUCCAUAUCAAAUCCUCCCCGAACCCUUUUGUGGGAAGCCCUCCCAAAGGACUGCCCGUGCCGAAUGGCGUAAAGCAGGACUUGGAAAGCUCUGUCCAGUCCUCACCACAUGACUCCAUAGCCAUUAUCCCACCUCCACAAAGCACCAAACCAGGAAGAGGCAGAAGGACUGCUAAGUCUCCAGCAAAAGACUUACUUGCAUCCGACAUCUUUGCUCCUCCUGUCUCAGAACCUCCAGGCCAGAUGUCUACAGGACAACCUGCAACCCUACAGACCAACCCUCUGGAUCUCUUCAAAGCAAGUGCUUCUGCCCCAGCGGGGCCCCUUGCAGGUCUAGGUGGUGUGUCAGUUACACCCGCUCAGGCAGGACCAUGGAACUCAGCCUCUCUAGUCUUCAGUCAGUCCACAUCAGUGGUCCCAGGCGCUCUGAUUGCUGGUCAGCCUUCAGGAUUCAGCCAGCCGCUCAUCUUUACCAAUAGCCCAGCUGUUCCAGGUUGGAACCAACCUUCAUCCUUUGCAGCCUCAACUUCCCCUCCAGCCCCUGUUGUUUGGGGCCCAUCAGCAUCCGUGGCACCCAAUUCUUGGUCGUCAGCCAGCCCUCUGGGGAAUCCUUUUCAGAGCAAUGUUUUUCCAGCUCCUGCUGCGUCAGCCCAGUCCCCUUCUGGGCUCUCCUCUCUCCUGGUCCCUCCUCCUCAACCCCCUCCCAGAACUGGCCCUCCCAAGGACAUCUCCAGCGAUGCCUUCAUUGCCUUGGACCCACUAGGGGACAAAGAAGUCAAGGAAGUGAAAGAAAUGUUUAAGGACUUCCAACUGCGGCAGCCACCUGUUGUCCCGGCAAGGAAGGGAGAGCAGAAUUCCUCUGGAGCAUCAAGUGCCUUCUCCAGUUACUUCAACAACAAAGUUGGCAUCCCUCAGGAGAAUGCAGACCAUGACGACUUUGACGCCAAUCAACUGUUGAGGAAGAUCAAUGAACUGCCAAAGCCAGCUCCCAGACAAGGUGCCCUGCCAGUUACCAAAUCUGCUGACAAUGCAUUUGAGAACCCUUUCUCUAAAGAUUCUUUCCGUUCAUCACAGGCCUCUGUGGCUUCCCCUCAACCUGCAUCUUCUGAUGUAUAUCGGGAUCCAUUCGGAAAUCCUUUCGCCUAGCUUCUGAACUUGGCAAGCUGACUAUCCAGAGCAACAAAAAGGUUGGCCUUAGUAGUGAAGGACAAAGCUAAUAGGCAGAAAAGUCCUGACCUCUGCCCUUGUUCUAGCUUUGACACAUUAUUAUCUGUUGCCUUAUGUCUCGCUGCCUCUUCAGCUUGUAAAAAGCCUUUCACUCUCUGUUGAGCUAAACUGAAUCGAUGGCUUUAAGUAAAUUAAGAACCUAAACUCUUUAGCGUAAAUGUAAAUGAAGUAGUUUCCCUACUUGAACCCUUGCCUACUCUGCCCCUGGAACCUUCGAGAACACUUUACCAUGUAUCCCCUGGUUGGCCAGUGCAACCAUCACAACCCCUCAGAUCAUACUGUUUUGAAUAAAUUUUAAAAUCCUUACUGUUCAAAGUGUUUGGAGGUUCUGUUUUAGAGCUUAAACCUAAAGAUUGUAAUCUAACAAGGCAUUUUCUUAAAUCCUGCUUCAGACUGUCACUUACAGAGAAUUUUUAAAGUAAAAUGGAAGCAAGUCCAGCGUCUCCUUUGACAUUUUGGAGCCUGACACACCUAAGAACCUUUUUUUAAGGUAUAAGUUCUCUUUCUGAAGAUUAUUUUGCUCUCCAGGAUGAGUGUCCUUUCUCCCAAUCUCUUGCUGGCUAUUGCAAAUGAGGGAAAAAUCAUUUUUCAUCUGUCCUCUUCUUUUCCCUUUGAUUCUCUUUUCAGUCAUUUUGGCUCCUGGAUUCAUACAGCAUUACCUCUCCAUCACAAAAACAGAGUUUUGAGGGGGGGGGGGGGGAAUCUAAUGAUUCACAGAUCUGAAGCCUGUCUGCCUUCCCAGUAAUGUCUAAUCCCAGAAACUAGAACUGCAAACAGGCACAGCCUUUAUCCUUUCUAUGGGAUGGGAGGCCGUCCUCUUGAGCUGAAGUUCCAGAAGGGCAGUUAACGUUGAAGGAAAACUCAACUCAACUCAGCAGUGAAGGACUGUAUUCCGAAGAGCAACAUCUCACAAAGUUAAAUGUGGUUGUGCCAAACAUAUUAGGCGCUUAUUCGGGGUCAUGCCAGAACUUUAUCGUUAACUGGAAAACUUUCUUGAAGCCACAGUCUCAUAGUUAGUAGGAAUAUAAAUGGGAGGGGGGAAAAAAAAGCAGUAGAACAAGUACUUGGUGUUAUCAUUAAAAAUCUAGUGUCUGCAAUAUUUUUCUCCUCAUAACCUUGGAAAAUUUCCCAGUUCACUUUCAGUCCUAUUGCUGGCACAGUUCUGAAGAGUUUGUUCUUGCUGUAAUGAGUUUUGUUUUAUAUUGGGUUGUUUUUUUUUUGUUGUUGUUGUUGUUGUUGUUGUUGUUGUUGUUUGGUAAAUGGAGGUACUGGGGACUGAAUCCAGGACCUCAAGCAUGCUAAAUGCAUGCUCUACCACUGAGCUGCAUCUCCCCUCCCCAUGUUGGGUUUUUAAAUGCUGUCUCUUGACCCCUGGUGCUCAGGUUCUUGUGGGUGUUAAUCAACCACAUAUGAUGUUAUCUUUUGGUAGAAGAAGAGGAUGUCUGCUCAGGACCUAAACAAGAUGGUGGCCUCAUGAACCUCCAUUGAUUAGCCCCAAGUAGUCCCAGCUGAAGUCCUGUGGUUUUAUGUUUAAUGGUAAUAGCUGAUCAUGUACAAAAUCAUUUUCCAUCUGACUUCCUAUUCAGCCGUUAUAAACACAGACUUGAAAUAAUAUUUUAUAUGUCUAAAUACCCAAGUGUGCUAAACUGGAGGCAAUUAUUUCUACAUAGCUGAAUUUUUGAAAGUAGAAAAAUUUUGGAAGUGAUGACCAGCCACACGAUUGUUUUGUACAUGCUUAUUUUCCUGUGCACUUUUCUGUAUGCAAAGAAAGCUAUAAAUUUACUCAUUUCAAUAAACUGGAAUGGCAGAA